AUGAAAGCCGUCAAGGUCUUGCCCCAGCAGGCUGAGUGGUCCCCAUUCCCCUUCCCGGCGGAGAAGGACCAGAUCGACUUUACACAUGGUCUGCUCACGCUGGCUGGUAGCGAUGACCCCAACCUCGGGGAGGGCCGAGUGGCCCGUGGGUACAUCACCGAGAUCCUGGGGCUCGACAUGGGAACUACUCGAUCUGAGCCCCAUCGGCGGCCACGGACUGGCCAAUUCUUGAGACUUCAUUUUGCCGGUCGCUUAUAUUGA